GAAUACUAAUGGGCCUGAUUAUUUUGUUUGGUUGAAAAAUAACAAUUUUGGAAAAGAAUUCCAUAGUAAUGCUAUUCCCCCAAACUAAUGGAAUUGCUAUUCCAUUUUUUAUUUGGUGGAAUUAUAAUUCCAUUCCAGCAGCCAUGGCCCAAGCCCAACAAAUCCUAACCCUAGCAAACUGAAGAUUAACCAUUGUGACCGUCCUCUUCGUCUUCUUCGUCUUCUUCGAUCGAUCAAACUCAGGUUGCAAGUACCGGGGUAGCGUUGCCAGAGAGUCAUAAGGAAGCAGCCCCAUUCAAGAUCAAGUCAUUCCCUUGGUAUGACGACUUGUGUGCAGUUUUUGGCAAAGAUCGUGCAACUGGAAAACAUGCAGAGACUGUAACAGAUGUUGUUGAAGAACUUGAAGCUGAAAAGGAAAACACUACACUUGGAGAAGAUGAUUUUAGCAAUGCUAAUAAUGUGGAUGAAGUGGAAUCUAUGUCUGUUUCAGAUGCAACAAGAGGUGCUCAAUCUCACACUCAAUCAGAUGGGUCUUCAAAGAAGAAAAGGAAAGCUGCAAAUCAUGAAGAACUUUCAAAUGCACUUACACAAUCAGCUUCUAUUCUCGCAGAGGUAAUUGAAAAAGCUUCAAUUCGUUUGAGUAAAGCUAUUGGUGAAGACUUGAAUGAAAAGCACAUGCAGCUCGGGAAAGAGUUAGAAAGGAGCACUACACUUACUACAACUCAACGUCAUAAGGUAGCUCGCAUGAUUAUGCAAGAUAAUGCUCUGGUUUCUUACUUUUUCAGUGUCCCAGAUGAUGAGAAGGAUGAAUGGGCGAGACUUCUGAUUGAUGGCUCUCUUUAGUACACAGCUCGGGAAAGAGUUAGAAAGAUCAUGGUUAUUCACUUUGGUCUAAAAUAAUUUGCAGGACAAUAUAUAUUGCCUUUGACAUUCAGUAGUAUACAAAUUAUAAUCUUUUGGAUUUGGUGUAAUGUGUUAUGCUCAUAAUUUUGCAAACAAUUAUGCUCAUAAUUUUGCAAACAAUUAUUUUGAGCAUAAAUAUGGGUAUUGGACAUGAAUACUUAUACUUUUGAACAAGUUUUUAUGUGAUUA